CUUUUUGACAUUCAUGUUGAGGCACACGGCGAGAGAUCUCAUGCGCAUAAGCUUUCGAUUUCAUAUUUUGUUCUAUAGAAUUUCUGCAAAAAAAUCGAAUUGUCCAACGAAAUUACUAGAAGAAUCGCAUUAAAUCCGACAUCAUGACAGACGAUUUUCUAAAUAAACCUCUGUCGCUUGCUUCACCGCCCGCACCAACACCUGGUGUUUCCGAGCCACAUAAAAUCACACCAUUAUCACCGUACCUGAACUAUGACCCGCGAUUCUUGCAACAGGCGCAGCCGGAAUUCAUAUUCCCCGAGGGAGCAUCUAAACAGCGUGGUCGCUUCGAAUUGGCUUUCUCGCAGAUCGGAAGCUCAGUGAUGGUGGGAGCAGGAAUCGGAGGAAUGGCUGGUCUUUACAAUGGAAUCCGUUCCACAGCAGCAGCAAAUCAAACAGGGAAAUUGAGGAGAACACAACUUCUGAAUCACGUCAUGAAACAAGGAUCAGCGACAGCGAACACAUUAGGCACCCUGGCCGUAAUGUAUUCAGCGUUUGGUGUGCUUCUGCAAUGGGCGCGAGGUACAGACGAUGAACUUAACACUGUGAUAGCCAGCACGAGUACGGGUCUCCUCUACAAAUCCUCAGCCGGCCUGAAGAAAUGCGCAAUAGGCGGCGGGAUUGGCUUGGGGCUAUCCGCGCUCUACUGUUUAUACACAUUAGCUAAGGACGAUUCAUCUAAGAAGUUGGGAUUUAAGUCAUAUUUAUAGGGAACUAAAAUUUUACGUGUCCGUGCAGUUAAGAUGUCUCCGAAUGAGUAUGGUUUGCGUCUACUAGAAAUGGAAGCUUAGAGGAAAAUCAUGGGCGUAUGGAAAGACAAAAAUAUAAAAUCUGCU